AAUCGAGUUCAUUAUUAUCGUUAAACAAACAAAAAUAUAGAAUAGUCUUGCAGGGUAAUGGAUAUUUGUCAAAGAAAGCAAGAGUUGAUCAUAUCUCAUUAUCCAAAACAUGUGCCUUACUGUCAAAUUUGGAGACUAAAUUGACCACCAACUUGCUAACAAGUUGUUUAAAACCAAUGUGCUGAGAGAUGGUGAGUCAGAUUUGUCUCUAGCCUAACUGUGGUCAAACCUGGUUUCAAAUUCCUGGGUAACUAAAUAUAUGUUCAACGCAUUUUUUUUUUUUAUAUAUAUAUUUCUCAGAGACAUUCGUUCAAAAUUUUCUCUCCUUUCAUUUUGGUGUGAUUUUUUGUCAAAUAUUGAUGGCUUAAAAACUCGAACAGCAGCAGUUGGUUUUUUACCAAAACGUCUGUUCUUUUCUCGUUACGUGAAAAUUGGCAUCUAAUCACAUGGUUGCCUAUUGGUUUGACUUGUUCUUCAAUUUAAGCAUGUCUGGCAUUGGCCUGCUUUUCAAAAUUUCAAGCUGUUUAAUUUUUUUGUACAAUUUUUUGGAUCCAAAAGUCAUUGACCUUUCCAUUUGCCUAAACAAAAUAAUUAAUACCCAGGAGUAAAGUCAACUUUAUUAAUAAAACAAAAUAAAUUCAGUUGAAAUUAUAUCAAAGGAUAAUAAUUUUGCUAAUUAUUGUAUGCAAUGCCAGUAAAUCUGUAAAACUUUAAAACCCAAAAAUGAGCCUGAAAAUCUCAGAAAAAAAAAAAAAGAAAAGGAAAUAGAGCAGCCUAUUCCAUAAAAGGAAAGAGAAAACAUUCCUAAAUGCAAAAGUCUGCAGCCAUUACCAAACACCUCUGCUUUCCUGAACUCUCUCAAAGCUCAGAAUUGAACUGAUAGGUCUUUAUCGUAAUUCCAACCCAUUCUUAUGUCCACUUUCCAACGUUAGCCCCUUUUCUCCUGUAAAAUCCUACCCUCACUGCUACGCUUUUUUUUUUUCUUAUUCUUCACCCCAGCUCCAGACAAAAGUUAUUUUUAGCAAAUAAGAAAAGUUUAUAAGUAUAAAUAAAUACCUUUCUCUUUUUAUUUUUUGAUAUUUUCUCUUUGCUUUUUCAAGCACAAGAAAGCUACCCAAGAAAACAUAAACUUUUUUUUUUUUAAUUUUCCGAUAUAAAAACAAGUAAUUAUUAAUCUUCGAGAAUCUCGCUCCAAAGAUAAUCGAUCUAGGGCUUCUCUCCGUCUCUUUCUUUCAAAAUACUGACACUUGAACCGUUUUUAUUUUCUUUAAAUUAAAACUCUGUUUUUUGUGUCCGUACAAGGUUAUACAAAAGUUUUUUUUUUUUAAUUUUUGUUCGAUUGGUAUUGCGGAUUUUAGUUGUGGUGGUGAUGGGGAAGGUGGCGAUGGGGGCGACGGUGGUGUGCGCGGCAGCUGUGUGUGCUGCGGCGGCGCUGGUUGUGCGUCAUAGGAUGAAGAGUUCGGGGAAGUGGGCCCGGGCGCUGGCUAUCCUGAAAGAGUUCGAGGAAAAGUGUGGGACCCCAAGUUCGAAGCUGAAACAGGUGGUGGAUGCUAUGACCGUUGAGAUGCACGCUGGGCUGGCCUCGGAAGGUGGCAGCAAGCUCAAGAUGAUUAUCAGCUAUGUAGAUAAUCUCCCCACCGGUGAUGAGAAAGGACUGUUUUAUGCCCUCGACCUUGGUGGCACAAAUUUCCGUGUCCUACGUGUACUCUUGGGUGGUAAAGAAAGCCAUGUUGUUAAGCAGGAAUUUGAGGAAGUUUCAAUUCCUCCACAUUUGAUGACUGGAUUUUCAGAUGCAUUAUUUGAUUAUAUUGCUUCAGCUCUUGCAAAAUUUGUUGCUACAGAAAGUGACAGUUUACAUGUUUCACCUGGUAGACAAAGGGAGCUGGGGUUCACUUUCUCAUUUCCUGUUAGGCAAACAUCAAUAUCAUCAGGGACUCUUAUAAAAUGGACAAAGGGCUUCUCGAUAGAUGAUACAGUUGGACAGGACGUUGUUGGAGAAUUGACAAAAGCUAUGGAAAGGAUUGGCCUUGACAUGCGUGUGGCAGCUUUGGUCAAUGAUACAAUUGGCACUUUGGCUGGUGGUAGAUACAACAACCCUGAUGUUGUUGCUGCUGUGAUAUUGGGUACAGGCACAAAUGCAGCUUAUGUAGAGCGUGCCCAUGCAGUUCCCAAAUGGCAUGGUCUUCUACCUAAAUCAGGGGACAUGGUUAUCAACAUGGAGUGGGGUAACUUUCGGUCUUCACACCUUCCACUAACAGAAUAUGAUCAAACUCUGGAUGCUGAGAGUUUAAACCCUGGAGAACAGAUUUUUGAAAAAAUGAUUUCUGGUAUGUAUUUGGGAGAGAUUGUACGUAGAGUUUUGUGCAAGAUGGCUGAGGAAGCUGCAAUUUUUGGUGAUACUGUUCCACCAAAAUUGAAAAUUCCUUUCAUACUAAGAACUCCUCACAUGUCUGCAAUCCAUCACGACAUGUCUCCAGAUCUGAAAGUGGUUGGGACCAAACUAAAGGAUGUAUUAGAGAUAUCAAAUACCUCCCUGAAAAUAAGAAAAGUUAUUGUUGAGCUGUGCGACAUUGUUGCUACUCGUGGUGCCCGCCUAUCUGCUGCUGGAAUCGUGGGUAUCCUCAAGAAAUUAGGAAGAGAUACAGUUAAAGAUGGUGAAAAACAGAAGUCAGUGGUAGCUCUAGAUGGUGGAUUAUAUGAGCACUACGCUAAAUUCAGGACCUGCAUGGAGAACACCCUCAGGGAGUUGCUGGGAGAAGAAGUCUCCGAGAACAUUGUAGUUGAGCAAUCCAAUGAUGGCUCUGGCAUUGGGGCAGCCCUCCUUGCAGCCUCUCACUCCCAAUACAUUGAGGUUGAGGAGCCCUGAAGUGUAGGUAGAUUACAAAAAAUUCUCAACUAUUGAGAUUUUGGUAUAUUUACAGCAUUUGCGUUCUUAUUGCAACUCAACCAGAACUAAGAGUUCGUGCAAGCAAAAUGCUUAAGUUAUGGUCAUCCGGAGUUUAUAAUUGAGUAAUGGAUAAAAUGUAAUGAGUGCCUGAUAGUUGCCCGAAGCUUCAUUGCUGCAACUGUCACUCGGCUCCAUUCGCUAUAUGUAAUUUCUGAUCUCCUGAAAUUAAUAAAAUAAGGGCAUGUAAACUCCUC